GUGGGGAACAAAGGGAGCACAGCCGUAGCACGGAGCGCUGUGCCCUGGUUUCCUGGAAUGCGCUUCUCCGGCUGGGCGGCCUGGCGAGAAGCAGUCGGGGCGUUGAUGGUGGUGCUCGACUGGGAGCUUUUGGGCACCGCGCAAGCUGGUUUCGAGAAGCUUGCGAUGGCGCCUGUUUUAUUCGCGGGCGAGAAAGAGUUCGAGCCGGCCGGCACGCACGCCCGGCCGUUUGCGGCUGGGCAUGGGGUGGGCUCGGUGCUGGUUCACUGGGUGAGGCUGCGCCCUGCGUUGUCGGUCUGGCCCUUUUCAGCGCUGGCUGGGAGCAUCCCGGCGGUCGGCGUUGGCCGUUAGAAAAAUGAAGCAUCAAUCGAAUGAAAAGCAACCAAAAGAGGCAAUUCCUGCUACUCCCUCCCUCAGCCAUCCCAGCGCAACACCCAGCAGCACCUGCCGUACAGGCUGCACCGCCAUCAAAUACAAGUUUUGCGGAGGAGAGCGUGUGCGCGCGGAGAAUCGAAAGGGCAGAUCGGACCAUAACGCGGGUUGCCCAAGUCAGGAGGAGCGCAAGAAUCGCGCCAGGCGGCGGCUGC